GUCAGCAAACACCUGCGAGGUGAAGUUGGUCUCCUCUUCACUAACCGCACCAAAGAUGAGGUCGACGAGUGGUUCUCCAAAUUCAGAGAGGUGGACUUUGCCCGCGCGGGGAACAAGGCGACGUACACGGUGAGCCUGGACACGGGGCCCUUGGAGCAGUUCCCCCACUCCAUGGAGCCUCAGUUACGGCAGCUGGGAUUGCCCACGGCCUUAAAGAAAGGAGUGGUGACGCUUCUUUCAGAUUACGAGGUCUGCAAAGAAGGGGACGUUCUCACCCCCGAACAAGCCCGUGUCCUGAAACUCUUUGGCUAUGAGAUGGCGGAGUUUAAAGUCACCAUCAAAUUUCUGUGGAAUUCUGAGACGGGAGACUUCCAGAAGCUUGUGGGAGACACAGCAGAGGAGGAAGAAGCGGAGGACGACGGUGACGACAGCAAUGAGGAUUAG